AUCCCACAAUGCAGCGCGUUAACAUUUUAGCCAUCUUGGAGAGGGAGUGAGUAGUUUGAAUUCUAGUUUUAGGAGCUAGGCGAAGAAGAAGGGAAAGGAGAUACUCAUGGACGUGUUUUCCUAUCAAUUUAUGGAAUAAUCAGAGUCUUGGGGCUGACUACUCCAUUGUCAGUCCCCUGUGCUUCUUUACUACGUUUUGAGAAUGGUUUGGGUGUUGGUUAUGUGGUAAAACAGUGGGCCUAUUGCAGGCAAGCUCUCUCUUCAGUUGCUGCUGCCAGCUGUAUCUGCGACAGCGGCCUGCUGACUGCUUCCAAGCCGCGAGCUCAGCUGAUAUAGCAAGCCGGCGUCUGUGUGGUUAAGUGGUGUAAAAGUGGGAUUCUGAAAUUUUGUCUGGCGAGGAGAUAGUGCUGUGCAUUCAUCGAAUGGCGUAACCGAAUGUCUGUUUCUCUUCUCUUUUGGACUACAGCGUUAACUGCAAAAGGGAACAUUAUGAACUGUUUAGGGGUGAAAGAGACUUAUGUGAACUGAGUCCGAGUUGCUCGACCAGCACCUCUUGUGGAUCGGGUAACGAUUGGAAGGUGCAGUUUGCUUGCCAAGAUGUCUAAGAUGCCAGCGAAGAAAAAGAGCUGCUUCCAGAUCACCAGCGUCACGACUGCUCAAGCGGCGACUAGCAUCACGGAUGAUACUGAGAGUCUGGACGACCCUGACGAAUCGCGGACUGAAGAUGUGUCAUCUGAAAUUUUUGAUACUUCUAGGGCGACUGAUUAUGGCCCUGAGGAGGUUUGUGAACGAAGCUCGUCAGAAGAGACUUUAAAUAAUGUCGGGGAUGCAGAGACCCCAGGCACUGUUACACCUAAUGUAAUGUAUGACGCACAGUUUCCUGCGGGAAUUGUGCCCAUAAACGGUGGGUCGUCUACUCCAUGGAACGUAGUAUUGACCUCUUCUGGCGUACUGUCAAAUGUUGCAUUAACGGUACAGCCGACGAGCCAAGGGCCAUCUACUGUGGGACUGAAUUUGCAACAGCCUGCACCCUUAGCUGGAGUUGUUAAUGCUGCAGCAGUCACGUCGCAGCCCACUGUACCUGCAGUAACUUGCAGUUCACGUUUCCGAGUCAUCAAACUCGAUCAUAGUACAGGAGAGCCGUUUCGAAGGGGUAGAUGGACGUGCUUAGAUUAUUAUGAUAAAGAUUUGGAUAGCACUGUCGUUAGAACUGUUGACAGCAUUCGACAUAAUGUUGCAGCAACUCUUGACAAUGUUGCUGAAAGGGACAGUGGCAUUGGCAUCACGGGGGGUUCACUUGCUCCUACCCCGCAUUCCAUACACGGCUCUGAGUCCUCUGACCCUUCCCUUAUUGCAUCUUCCCAGUUGCAUCAAACAGAUGUUAACCAAGGCUCUCAUCAGCAUUUUUUAAUUGGCCAUCAACCUAUAAGUGGAACUGCGGGUGUAUCGCAACCUGUAUAUUCUUCUGCCAUGGGAAAUCAGCAGUUUGUACUUCAGCAACAAGCACAGUCGCAGGUGACUGUGCAAUCUGGUCUCAAUGGGAAAGGUAUGCAGCCCCAAAACGUAACAGUACUUCACCCAGGCAUGCCAUUGGUACAAGGGCAGCAUCCAAGCAUACCAGUGACUCAGCCUCAACAAUUUGCUUAUACUCAUUCCCAGAUUACCCCUGGACAUAUUUUGCCAAAUCAGCUCCAUGUUCCUACUGGUCAAGCAGAGUAUGUGCAGCACAUGCCAGUCCCUCAAUCCCAAGGAACUGUUUUGCAGACAAGUACUGGCCCAGUUCACAAUCCUGCCAUGUCUAGCCUUCCUGUCGAUCAGGUUAUCGUGCAGGGUCCUUCAACAGCAGCAAUUUGUCAACAAGCAGGUCUUCAGCAGCAUGUAAAUGUAAUGCAAGGGUUGGGCCCUGGAGUUUUACAGCAGCAGACUGUUGCCCAACAUCAGAUUCCUAAUGCACCAAUAGUUGGUUCAGGGAUACCUAGUAGUUGUCCUUCAGUAGCCCCUGGUGUGCAGAAUGUGCCUGUGAUAGCUCCUAGUACUGGUGUUGCAAGUGUUUCUUCUAGUAUGUCCACUCCUUUGCCAAGUGUCCCUGCAUCAUUGGUCCUGCCACAGCAAAGUGGCCAACAGUCCAUCAGGAGUACUGGCAUUGUUCCAACGGUAGGCCUUCCAGUAAUGCAAGUCCCAGCCAAUCCACCAAGUAUGCAGCAGUCUACUAUGAACCAAUAUGCAACCCAGGCUGUUCCUGGAAUUGGACUUAUUGAUGACAGCAGAAAACUGGAUCCACUACCUCCACAACCUUCGGUCACUACUGAAGGAAAACUUUUGACAAAGCCCGUCAUUCCAGAUACAUUUAUUAACCCUGUGCAUUUGCCAGCAACCACCCCAAUGAACACAUUAGCUAAUUCUGUUCUUUCUGGUAUUUCGAUUGAUGGUGAUGAAGAUAGGAAUCCUUCCGCAGCCUUCUUCCGAGCGUUCCGUUACAAGUUACGGGACUCAAAGACCCUGUCUAAUGAUCUGGUAAAAAGCCAUUUGAUGUAUGCAGUCAGAGAAGAAGUAGAAGUGUUAAAGGAGCAGAUCAAGGAGCUACUUGAGAAGAACUCUAUGCUGGAACGAGAAAAUGCACUGUUAAAAUCCCUUUCAAAUAGUGAGCAGAUAGCACAGCUCCCCACUCAGCAGGCUAUCACCAGUAGCACUGCACAGCAGCAGACAACAGUAAUGACACAAGUUUCACAGUCAGUACAACCUCCACAACAGCCAAACGUGUCAUCGGCAUGAUGUUUAGUCACCAAGAAAAAGAAUGCAAUCUGCCCUCAUGUGCCACUGGUGUUCUUCCCAGUUUGUGGGAGCAAAUAGCCAUGCUUCAGUCGUGUGUUUGGCUUUUUCAGUAUUAGACAAUCAUCCUGCGCUAACUUCAUCUUGAGGUGUCAUGCAGAGCCAGUGAUGGCCUACAUCAGUUUUCAGUGCACAAGUGAGAUUGAGAAACAAGGUGCAUUAGCAAGUUUCAUUUAUUCUUUUUGGCUCAAGACUGCAUUGUUAAGCAUUUAAGAGUCUGAGCCUUGCUGUUUGUCAACAGGUCCAACAUAAGUUCGGCAUAAUUUUUUUUUUUCCUACAUGACAUUUACUGUUUGUGUUUUAUUUAUUACAGGGCUGCUAUUUUCAAAAUGUACGUGAACAGUGUCACAGGUUUUUUUAAGUUUUUGAAAUGUAAGUAAGAUUAUUGAUAAAAGAAUGACUAGGUGGGAUUACAUUUUAAAAGAACAUUUAGGCAAUAAAAAUGUACUUGGCAUAGUUCCUAACACUAAUGGUAAUUUUACCUUUGGUAUUGCUUAUUCACAGUAGGAGAGACCCAAUUUGAAUGUAAAUUUCUGUAUAGUGUAAGUAUGGAGCUCUUAGUACAGAUGUACAUGUAGUCAUCAGUUAGUGUUCUAUAAAACUGAAUUUGGUCUGUUUGAUGAAGACAGUUUUCAUAUUUUUGUUUGUAAUUUCUUAUUUUAAGAAAAGAAUGCCAAGAUCCCUCUGCUUUUAAGUUUCUGAAAUGAUUACUUUUUUGGGGGGGGUGAUAAAGCUGUGAAAUUGUUCAACAUAAUUUGUAACCAAAGAAGCAAAGCUGUGUAAUUGCAUUCAUUUAUUUUGUAAUGCACAUUCUGUUCGUAUUAUUUUUCAUUCAUUUUUCUUUUCUGUUUAGCAUGUUCUGCAUGACCUGUUAUCUUUAAACCACUUUUCUUACCUCAUGGUUUUUAUCCAGCACACUUAAUUGUAAUAUGUAAUAGUCUGUGAAUAUGUCAAAUAGAAAGAAUGAACAGCUUGGCAUUGGUGGAGCUGGGCUAGUGUUGUUAAGCACUGGUUAAAAAUAUGAAGUGAGCCAUCUUUUGUUCAUUUAAAAAUGGGUGUUUCUGAAUUUCAUAUGCAGGAAAAGUUUUGUUACAUUGCAGAUUUUAAUGUAUUUAAAUAAAUGCAACGUGCAGAUUCUAAAA